AAUUUGCUGUUAGCUUCUGGAAAAGUCACCGGUGUACCUGCACUCAACGCUGUUCAUCCGCUUUUGCAGAGACCAGGUAAUUUGCGAGCAUCCGAGUGUCUUGUUUCUACCUUUCUUUGUUAUGACAAUGUCUUCUGAAGAGACUCAUAGCGAUGGCAGAGUGAGGGGGAGGGUUGAGGAGGCAGAGAGUAGGGAUUUGGGGGUGCCGUCGAACAUUCUGGAGAGAGAGGAUGGGAGAAAGCUGUGUUUCAACCCUGAGGAGGAAGUUGUUAGUGAGGUGGCAGGGUAUGAAACAACUUUGGAGAAUAGGGGUAGUUUGGCCCACUUGGUUAAGAACUAUGGGGUGCCCGGUCGUGUGUUGGUGAGGCCGGCGGGGAGUAGAGAGAGGGGGUGUUCAGCCCCGAGGGACCACUGGAUGCCUCUCUACUCCCAUUACCUGGCGGCUGGGUUGCGGUUCCCUUUCCCAGACCUGUUGGUGUGGUUGUUGUUGGAGUAUGGUCUGGGGUUAACGCAACUCACCCCCAAUGUCAUGAGGUUAGUGGUGGCGUUUGCAGUGUAUAGCCGAAGUCGGGGGGUAAGUUUUCCCACUGCUAACGUAUUCAAGUACUUUUACGUCUUGAAUGCUGGGAGUGGUAGGGAGAAGGGGUGGUACUAUUUUACGGGCCGGGUAGCGAAUAAGCGGAGGAGGGGUUUGUUUAGCGCCGGGCCGUCUUCCAUUAAGGGGUGGAAAGAUAAGUUCUUUUUUGCGGAUGACACGGAGUGGGAUAAGACUGAUGCUGAGGAUGUGGGGGAGUUGGAAAAAGGGGGCGUGGGUUUGCUUGACGUUAUGGAGUAUACGAGCCAGAGGAUGUUAGACGCGACUGAGAUAUAUGGGCCGAGCUCACAGAGAGGAGAAGAGAUGAACAAGUUUUUGGACGCAGCCGGUGGAGCUGGAAUUCCAAAGAAGGGAAGAGGGAAGAGAGGCGAGGUCAAGAGGUGGGGGGAGGAGAUUUCAAUGCCUCAAGCCGAAGUGGGAAACUUGGCCAUUUCCCAGCUUGGCCACAUUGGAGGUGAAGUGACAGUGGCUGAGGAAGGGCCCAUUGUUGCGAAGAGGAAGAGGUUGAAGCAACAAGAGGCCGUGGAGGAGAUACCGGAGCCUGAGCCUGUGACUGCACCCCUCCGUCUGGAAGGGACCUCGUCAGCUUCAGCUGUUGAGUUCGCUGCUGCGCUCCCAGAGCAAGGAUACAUCCGAGCGCCCACGACGAGCUUCUAUGACUCCGGGAUGAGGAGCACAGCCAAGAGGUUUAUCAACGCUUAUUUCCCGGAGGUGGACCGCCAGCACGCGAAGGACGAGGUGGCCGCCAGAGGUUCAGUUGGCGUUGUUCGUCAGGCGCUGGAGGCUAUUAACCUCGUGAAUGCUUUGGCCAAUGAGCAUCACGAGAGUUUAAAAGAGAGGAGUCAGAUGAAGAAGGAGAACGUCGAGCUUGUUAAGAAGAGCGAGGCUGCUGAAGCCGAGGUGGCGAGGUUGAAGGCGGAGAUGGAGGAGCUCCGGAAGGAAAAUGCCACCUUCAAAAAAGACUCAGAGAUCUCGUACCAGAAAAGGAAGAUAUGCGAGGCUGAGCUUCAGAAGAGGGAGAAGGAGCUGGACGAUGCGGGGAGGGCAAUGGCUGAGUUGGAGCUCAAGAAGGUAAAACUGGAAUAUCCUGACGUGGAUGUGACGAAGAUUACCUUUGGAGAGCAGGAAGGGGAGGUGGAGGAAAAUGGAGAGAGCAGUACUGCUGACUUCUGCCCGGAGGUAACACUGAAGUGGGAGAAGGACAGUAGGGGUCAAACCAUUUUGCCUCCCAAGUUCAGUUUUGAAUUUGUGGUGGUGGGUGAGGAAGACGAAGGCAGCGAGGUCACUGAAGGUGCUGAAAGGCCAGCUGAAGGUGCUGACCAGCCAAGUCAGCCUGCACAUAACCCUGAGCAACCGGCGGCCAGCCCGAGCCAAACUGUUGACUAGAUUUGGCCUCGGUUUUUUUUUUUUUUGAGAGAUAUUCUUUGUAAUCAAUUGGAAAUUAAUGGAAUGAAUUUGAUUCUUUUUU